AUGACUGUUGCUGGAAGUAACGGGAAAGGCAUUGGUACUAAUCAAGUCAACGAGCCUUAUGGUCUCUUCCUUGAUGAUCAGCAAACAGUAGUUAUUGCUGAUCAAAUGAAUCAUCGUAUCACCCAAUGGAAGAACGAUAAUAAAAAUAAUGAACAAGUUAUUGCUGGUGACAAUGGCGACAGAAGUGCAUUGAAUCAAUUGAAUCAACCAACCGAUGUAUUAAUUGGCAAAGAGACGGAUAGUCUCAUUAUUUGUGAUCACGGGAAUCGGCGAGUUGUACAAUGGUCUUGUCGUAGUGGUGCAAAAGAAGGCAUUGUGGUCGCUGGAGAUCAAGGCACAGGGACUGCUCUGACACAAUUGUCGUAUCCUUAUGGACUCUUCAACGAUACGUUGUAUACUCUCUAUGUAGCAGACUCAUGGAAUCAUCGUGUAAUACGUUGGAUUCAGGGAGUUAAACAAGGUACUGUAAUUGUGGGUGGAAAUGGCGCGGGAGCAGGAGCAAAUCAGUUCAGUGUCCCAGUUGCUUUGUCUUUCGAUCGACAUGGUAAUCUCUAUGUCGUUGAUCAUGAUAAUAAUCGUAUUCAACGAUUUUCUAUCGAAUAG